AGCUUUUCUAUUUUGAUGAUUAGAUUCUUGUGGAUCAGUUCGGCUGCCAAAUAAAUCCUCUUUCGCUCCAUCUCGAUGUCGUCGGCUACUCCCUCGGGACCGGAUUACGAGACCCGCAACCUAUCGAGCAGGCGUCUUUCAGAGCGUUUUGAGCUGCUGGCUCAAUUAGAGCAAGAAAGGCGACAAGAAGAAGCGAGGAACGUCGCAAGGCAGCGAGUUGAAGACGCCGAAAAUGUGAUGAGAAGACAUCCUUUUCCAGACCCAGAGCCAGGAAUUAAUCGAGCAAUACCAACCGACGAGGCCGACACGCCACCAUCACCACAGAGAGUCAUCACAUCGCGCCCUGGAGCCAUGAAAAUUCCUGCAUUCGAGGAAUAUAGCACUUCGACCGAUAGAGGUGGGCCCGAUCACUCUUUCGCGGUUGAUGGCAAUGGAGAAGCUGCACGGUCUGAAAGUUCAACGUCCUUUCACACCGCAGGUUCGAGCCCUCCCUCCUCACCGCGAUCGGACGCAAGCGUAGAAACAGUAAAGGAAACCGCCACAGAGGCACGAGUGGCGGCAGAUGUCGAAGAGGACAACGAUCCGGGCAUUGAAGCAUCAAUGGAUCCGGUACAACGGCUUGAGCAUGAGCUACAGAGAGUUCAAGAUGAUCAGAAAGUGCUAGAAAGGGAUUUGGUUGAGGCAGGAAGACAGAUUGACGCCCUCCGCAAUCAAGUCGAAGAAGCGGAGGAACGAGCCGUUCAUGACCCUACAAAGACGAAGGAAUAUCAAAAUUUGCUUGUGCUUUUCCGCGAGAGCCAGGCUCGACGUCGCGAGCUUGAAGAUCAAUUGAACAGAGCGGAAGAGCGGGAGAGGGAACUCAAACGACAGCUGCGCCAAGCUCAAGAGGAUCUUAAUGACAACAAGGAUAGAAGGGCGCGAUUGGAUAAUGAACUGAACGCCGCGAAGGCCGAAAGGGAUUUGCAUGCACAGAGGGCGACAGCUUUGCAGUACCAGCUGAACGAUACUCGACGACAGCACGGCGUGCAAGCUGAGUUUCUUGCUCGCUUAGCCGCCGAGCUUAAUCACAGGAAUCAAGAGCGAGAGAGGUACGAAGGCCUUAUAGCGCAGCUGCAAGAGCAGCGUCAACAGCGUCAGCUUGAAGAAGCAAAUCCAAUAAGGAAUAGGAAAACUGUGGAGGUACAGAAACGGAACGGGCAGCUGUAUAAAGUGAGGCGGUCAAUAUGAAGGGAGAGCUAAGUGCUUUUGGGACUAGAUAGCGAACUUUCUGAUGCCACUCUUAAUGAAAU